UGCCCUUGUCUUCAGUGUCGUGGGACUGCAACAGACAGAACUACCGAGUUACGGCACUGGCGAGAAAACUGCUUACUUAAUACGGAGUGGUCGGAAGACCUUGGAAGUGACAACCCUGCGGGCAGCUUGGCGGAUGAUAUUGAUAGUGAUCAUGGAUCACUGUCAAGGUCUAGUUCAUCAGCAAGUCCUUCAACUCCGGAAGCGGCUGAGGGUGAUGAGAUUUUUAUCAAAGGAUCAGAUGAAAACAACGACAAUCCCAUCAGUCCAGAAUUUGAAUCCGUUGAACCUGCAGGACUUCAAGGUAAGGAACCUCCCAUAAACCCUCUCAAGAAAGUGAUUAUGACUGCAGUUCUUGACGCUUUGAAACUUAUGGAUGAAAGUGGCUCAUCGAUUAAAACCUUUAGUAUUUUAUAA